AGAAAUUUUACUUUGAAAGCUAUUUAAAUCUGAAAUUCCCUAGUUUCACAUGUUUUGGUAUAAAAAUGUAUUUAAUUACUAGAUUUUUACCUUUGCCAAGAUUAAUUUCAUCUCAAACUCUUGUAUUGUCAUUCACCAGAGAAGGUGCCAGUUGCCGACAGCUGCAUUGUCAACCUUCUCAAGGGAGGAACCUUUUCCCUCAGAGUGGUCUGAUCUGUCCUCCUCUAAGGCCUCUUCUAGCACCAACAUCACAUCCACAGAUUUCCAUCACCAGACAUGGAACAAACUUUUUCAACAAAUUACCUGCACAGAAGCUAUGGAAAGGCGUUAUAAGCGUUAGUAAGCAUGGAGCCCAGAAGGGUCGAGGCAGAGGUGCUGGGCGCAAGCUUGCCAAAGAUCUCAAUAGAGGACAAGUCAUUGGUGUUGGUGCUGUUAACAUGGUAUGGCCUGGCUUAAAUGCACCCAUAAUCCGAGGGCAAGAGGUGGUGCAGCAACAGAUGCUAGGUCCUGACCCUGAUCGACACCGCAAGCUCCUGGAGAUCAGAGACAAGAUGGGACGAGUACGCUUCAGGAAGGUCAAUCCGCUCGAGAGAGGCUGGACAGGCACCAAAAUGGGUGGCAAAAAGAUAGGGCCCCCUGACCCUGUGGGAAAUGAUACUUUUGAAGGGUUCGAGUCGGUGGUUCUAGAGUACAAGGUUGUGUCGCACAUGCGUGGCGACGGCGGCAAGUUCCGGCGUGUAAGCGUCUUGUCGGUGACGGGAGACGGCAUGGGAUUGGCUGGGUUUGCUCUCGCCAGAGCCCCCGCCCCCAACACCGCCCUCUCCAUGUCCAAGAACAGGGCUGGCCAGCGGCUCAUCAAAAUCCCUCUCUAUAAUAACCAUACCAUUCUUCACGACUUCCACUCGCAGUCCGGCAUCACAGAAGUGUUCGUGCGGAAGAUGCCUGAGGGUCACGGUCUCGUGUGUCACCGCGCCCUCAAGGCGGCGUGUGAGAUAAUCGGCAUCAAGGACUUGCACGUUUAUAUUAAAGGCCCCAAAAACGUGCGCGAGGUUGUCAAGGCUUUCUUCCUGGGACUUAUGAAACAGAAAAGCUACCAGCAGCUGGCAGAGGAGAAGGGUCUGCACGUGGUGGAGCUGCGUAAGGAGCAGUUCAACUACCCCAAGGUUCUCGCAUCGCCCGUCCACGCCCCCCUCAGAACCUUGUCAGAUAUUCCGCCUAACGAAAAUCUUGACUUCAGCACGUACGUGAUGGGAGACCGAGUGAUGUUGAAGCCUGUCGAGGAGCCCUCGAGCAUCUUGCCACUGCUGCCCAAGAAAGGACGGCAACCCGAAGGACGGGAGACUUUCUUGCGCAAGUACAAAGAGCGUCGCAACUUCAGGCGGGCGCUGAUAGAUCUCAUCACUGAGUACGGAGAUGAGCGGAGUUUCCUGGCCAAGCAGUACCCAGAAGCCUGGAAGAACUACGGCCGGCGCAACUGGAACAACGACAGCGACGACGAUGAAUAAUAUGUUACUAACGUUUGCUUCAUGUACCGUUAUGAAUGGUUGUCCUAUGAUUGCACAUAGUAUUUUUUCUUUACAUGCUGCGCAGUCAAAUUUCUGCAUUCUAAGUGAAUGCUGUACAUUUUUUAUUCUGUACAGUUAUCAUUUAUUGCUAAUUCAAGUUGAAACACAAAUAAAGUGAACGUUUGUUUCCAGA